AUGGACACUCGCCACACACUUCAUCCAACAAGUACAGCGAGUCUUGACUGUCGUUCACUCGAUGAAGAAUUCCAAAGUCUGUUAAAGAUGCUGCAAGCAGCAGUCCACGAGCACGAACGUGUCUUUUCGCAGCGUUACCCAGGUCUUGAAAGCUAUAAAUUUGUUGAGGAACGACCACCGUCUUUCUGCUUCUUCUACAAAGAAAUUCUGAAACUCAAGACUUUGGUCAGAAAGUUAUUGACUGAGAUCGCUCGGGUCGAACAACCACUAGUUAAAAUCAAGAUGUUCCUACCGUGUACACUCACGACUUGUGAGCUUCUCAUCCAAGCGUUCGACGAUCUCUACGUCCAAAUUUGCGAAGUGGACCGGCAGAUCACCCUCGCGCAUGUCAAAGCUAUAGCUUGCAGUGGUAGGCCAAGUGGUAUCUCUCUGGAAGACCAGAUCCAACAAUUUUCUUCUAUUUUCCCGUCUAUGUUUGUUCAGACUUCUAAGAUCACUGAAACUCUGAAAACUCUACUGCGUCAAGUAAGUUUCGCGCUGUUGUUCCUCUUGUUCGUCCGCUUAGAACUCCUUUAG